ACAACAAACCCCUUAAGACUAAGUUCUGAAAACAAUUCUUCCUCCAAUUGCCGGUGGUCGAUUGGAUUGGCGGUCUCUUGGGAUCAUGUGGUCGGAACGCUGGCCACCCGUCUCCCCGCGCGUGUUCUCGGCCAUCCGGAGCGUGGAUGUAGGUCUGUUGAGCCGCGUGCCCGAUGAUGCCGAACUUCGACCCGUGUUGGCCACGUUGGUCCGCUUGUCGCUGAUCUCAUCUUUGGACGCGUCCCAUUCGUGCUCGGCCGAUCGGACGGCCAUCUUGGGCAUCUUAUCGCGCAUCGAGUUGGUCAACAAUUUGGUAGCUCUGCUCUCGAUCGAUUUUCAUGCCCUGGAAACUGAUGUCCGCAAGGAAUUGGCCUUUCGAGCCAGUCCGGCCGGUGCGCCCGGAGCAGUCGGGGCCAGCGACAGUCCGUUUGUGCCCUCGUUGGCCUUGGGGCCGGCCUUGGAGUUUGAGCGCUCGGACGCCACGCGACGCUUGAGGUUGGUUUUGGCGGAAAUCAUCACGGUCAUGGGACAGAUUCAAUUGCACAAUACCUUAAUGCCCGAGGAAACUGGAAUGACUGAGGGAACCAUGGUGAUCCAAUCGUCCGAGCUGUUCGAUCAUCUGGUCUACUUCUCGGAAGUGUGCGAUGUGUUGUGCAUAGCCAUGGCCGAAUUGCCCAAUUUAUUACUUCCUUGCGAAGUGGCUGAGGCGCUUUUGCGCUUCAAGUUUGGGUCUAGUAUCAUUUGCCACGUCGUGGCCAAUCAGCCCGAUUCGUUUAGUGACGUCGUGUUCCAUUUGUUAAAGAAUGGGGAUAAACAAGACGAGGCCCAAGGAAAUAAGGUCCGACAGGACGCAAUUCUGUGUUUGUGCCAAAUGAACCCGUCAGAGAUUAUUUCCGUUCGAAACAAAUGUAUCGAAUGGUGUCGCAUGCCUUCGUUACUCUUGCUUCUGACUCUUCAUCAACAAACGCAAAGACACGGACCGGAUAUGGUGUCAUGUAUGUCCGGCCUACUUUUGGGUUCGGAUCCUCAGAUUCGGUCUUGGAUCUCAUUCUUUGUGCGCAAUGGCCAGAAACAGAACCCGGCCUUGAAGGCCUACCGAGCGGCAUUGUUAGGCCAUCUCCGCGAACUAACCGUUAUUCUGCGUGCCCCAGAUUCCAAAGCAGUGCAUCAAAACAUUGUGCGUGCCUCCGCCUUGCUAAGGCUCUACACCGCUUUAAGAGGCAUUGCCGGCAUGAAGUUCUCAGAGGAAGAAAUCCAUCAUCUACUUGAGCUAAUCACUUCCCAACCCCCACCCACUCCGGCUGGAAUCAAGUUUGUAUCCUUGGGGUUGUGUAUGAUCAUCGCUUGCAACUCAUUGCUUUCCGCACCAGAAUUAGAGAAGAAGGCAGUUGAAUGGCUCAAAUGGUUGGUCCAAGAGGAGACCUACUUUGAACAAAAGGCCGCGGUGUCUGCGUCAUUUGGUGAGAUGCUCUUGCUAAUGGCCAUUCAUUUCCACUCCCAGCAAUUAUCGGCCAUUUGCGACCUAGUCUGCCAGACUCUGGGCAUGAAGUUUGCCAUCCGAACCACGGGCAUGAACAAAAUGAAGACCAUUUUCACUCAAGAUAUAUUCACUGAGCAUGUGGUCGCUUCCCACGCGGUGAAAGUGCCUGUGACCAUGCAUCUAUCCGCUGAUUGCGCGGGAUUUCUUCCCAUUCAUUGUGUGCAUCAGUUACUGAAAUCUCGUACAUUUUCAAAGAAUCGAGUGUCCAUUAAAGAAUGGAUCUAUAACCAAAUAUGCGCUUCAUCAACGCCCCUUCAUCCUGUUUUACCGUCCCUCAUCGAGGUAUAUGUAAACUCAAUCCUUGUCCCGGCCACAAAUCGAGGAGUGCUUGAUCAAACCAAUGAGCCGAUUUCAGAGAAGGAGAUUCGUGCUGUAUUUAAACACCCUGUGUUUGCGGUCCCUACCUUGAGUACGCCCUUAAAAGCUAAAGGACGUUCUCGAGAUGUCACACCUUUUCGCAGCAGGUCCACGCCUCGAUCGUCCCGGGCGGGAUCGCCUUUGAACGCCUCCAAAAUGGACUUAAAUGGAGAACGCCAUUUCAGCGCAUCAGCUCAGAUUGUGAUGCUUUAUUACAUUUUGUUGUACGAGCAAGUGCGUCUCACACACAUGAAGCAAAUCUUGGCAUCUCAACGGAAAGUUCUCCGCUAUUCUCACGAGCUUUUGGCGGAAUUGCCCAUCAAGUUUUUGGUACAAGUGGCGGAUCAGAAUCAAGAGGACUUUGGUGGCAUCUUCCCGCAGCUCCUGAGAUUGUGUUCCACUCAAUUUCCGCACCUUUGUCUCGUCCAAGAUUGGUUGGAAGACGACAGGGUCCUCAAAACGUCCUCGUUCUCGGCUUCUUCAUCUUUUGCAUCCACCAACUCUCGAUCAGGCCCAGCUUUGCCUGACGUCAAAGAGGCAUUCAGUUGUAUUCAGUCCUGUCCUUCCAAGCUUAUUUUAGUGAUGAGACAACUGCUUCAGCUCCCUUGUUCCGAUGUUUGGAAAUUCUCGGACGUCGUAAUCGGAAGCAUUCGCGAAAUGCUCAAGCCAGAUACCCCCCGACAAAUCAAAGAUUUAUACAAAAACGUCUGGUUCGAAAUGAACCGGGUGUUUCCUCGAAAAUUGUGGUCCAUCACUUGUAAUGCCGUUGUUCAUGAGGACACUGGAAACUUCUGCGGGAAGAAAAGAAUAUCUUAUGAUGACAUCAUCAUUGAUCCCUUGCAAGUGUUGCGGUGUGAUCGGCGCGUGUUUCGAUGCGGACCGAUCUUGGAAAUUAUGAUUUACAUUUUGAAAGCUUGCUUGGCUGCCUCGAAAACGCAUUUAACCCAGCACAUUUUGGAUAAUCCCAUCAUGGAGAGAACUCCCAAUGCCCAGAUCUCGAAUGAUAUGGAGCGAGAAGAGUUGAAAAACGCCCUUGUUUCAACUCAAGAGAGUGCUGUCAUUCAGAUUUUGCUCGAAUCGGUCGUCCCUCAGAGGGACGAUGAAGAAGAUAAAAUGGUGCUCAGCGAUCUGAGAGAGGUUCAGAGUCUGGUUUGCUCUUACAUUCACGAGGCGUUCAUCACGGAUCCGACCUUAGCCAAGCUCGUCCACUUUCAGGGAUAUCCCCAGAGAGCCUUGGCCCUCACAGUCCCUGGAGUUCCAUCUAUGCACAUUUGCCUGGACUUUGUUCCCGAACUUCUCAGUCAGCCCGAUGUGGACAAGCAAAUAUUCGGCGUGGACCUCAUUUCCCAUCUUUCGAUUCAAUACGCUCUACCGAGAUCGUAUUCCAUUGCAAGGCUUGCCGUUAAUGCCCUGUCCACGUUGCUCUCAGUACUUUCUCAAGAGGAGCGAAAUGAGUUGUUUCCAUCGGUAUUGGACGCACUUCCUCGCUUUUGUAAGGCAUUUCCUCCCUUGAUCGAAGAUGUCGUGUCGCUCUUGCUUCAAUAUGGAAAAAUUGUGGUGUCGCAAUCCUCGCUUCAAGGUUACUCGAGUCCAAAGAAUUUCGAUUUGAAGCUGGACGUCUUUGACGAGAAGUCUGCCCCUUCCAAAGAUGGGAAGUUUUCAGUGGGUGAGGAAAUGUUGAAAGAGUUCCAGGCCAUGUCCAAGAGCCUACCAUCGGAUUCUCCAUUGACCAGUCAGGUUCAAAUGACAUUCAAAAAGAUCCUUCAAACGUCUCUUUUGGAAAACAACCUUUUCUAAUCCAAACAACUGACACGUUUCUUUGGAAUACACACAUACUAUACUCUCCAA